AAAGCUGGUCGUCCCCUUGAGGCAAGGAAUGUCGUCGGCACGGUCAAGUUUGGUGGUGGUAGCACGAUGCUCUGGGGGUCCAUGACCGCUUCUGGAGUUGGAAGGAUGUCCGAAGUUGAAGGUCGUAUGGACGAGAAGCAAUACGUUGAGAUACUCACCCAGAAUCUCCUCCCUAGCCUGGCAGAGAGUGGACCCAAUGACCCAGACUUCAUUUUCCAACAGGACAACGAUCCUAAGCACACCUCAAAACUUGCAAAGAAGUGGUUUGCUGACAAUUCUAUCCCAGUCUUACGCUGGCCCUCCCAAUCCCCCGACCUCAAUCCCAUCGAACAUCUCUGGGCUCAUCUCAAACGCAAACUCAAUGCUUAUCCCACCAGCCCGAAGAGCAUUCAAGAGCUUAACGCACGUAUUGAACAAGAAUGGAAUCAAAUUGACCCUCAGGUACAAAGAUUACCCGCUUUCAUUCUUGGCACUGACCGUAUCUUCAGCGACGAGAUGGACGUGGAAAAUGUCGAUCUUACGUUACAGCAGAUGGAGAUAGCAGUGCCACUAGAAAAUCCUAUUAUAAAUCCCAGCGUUCAAGGGCAAUCCAAGCGAAAGCGGCCAGCGCGUAGACAUGCAGAGCGGAGGUCCUUGGUGAAAGAUGUCGACCAUGGCGAAGAGAACGCGACAAAUGGCGAGAAAAGCAAGCGGGGCUACCACCCAAGUAGGAGAAUCCAGGCCAGAGAGGGUGAAGAGAACGAGAAUAGGAGGCCAAGGGAGGAAGUGAAUGCACGAUGA